AUGGCUAACGUCACUGCCAAUGACACCUGGACCUCUGUCCUGAACGUCUUCGGGGAUGUCAUAUUCGUCCACAUCCAAAACUCAAUAUCUGUCAAUAAUACCUACUGCUUCAAUCUUAACUUGGAUUCUCCUGGCACUAAGAAAAUAGUUUUUCGCAUCCGCAAACAGGCCGAUAAUCAAGACUCAGCCUCAGAUGACUCGGAGACGGAAUCCGAAUCCGAAUCCGAAGAGGAUAACGGCGGUAACAGGGACAACACGGAGAUGAAGACUGAAGAUGCAGAAAUCGGAAUCAAUGAGGUUAAGGUUGAAGAUGAAGAUCCUGUUAUCGAACCAGAGUUUGUGCCAAUAGCCGCAUCCCCUUGCAACCUGCUUGUCAGGCGCGCUGGUAACCCUGAUCCAGAUCCCGAGAAUCCCACUGCGCCAUGGAGUUACUACGUCACGAAAAGCCCCGAGGCGCUGGAAGAUCAGGAUGAUAUCCCUGUAGAUGAAGAUUGA